CUGCUGGGAGCAGUCCUCAUUGUAAUGUUUUUAGUCGGUGUGGUUGGAAAUGUGUACACUCUGGUCGUGAUUAAUGUCUCUCUCCGAGUGACCGGAACCAUGUACGUCUACAUUGUGAAUUUGGCUCUUGCAGACUUACUUUACCUGACCACAAUUCCUUUUGUGGUCUGCACUUAUUUUGCGAAAGAUUGGUACUUCAGCACCACUGGAUGACAAAUUCUCUUUAGUCUGGAUUUCCUGACAAUGCACACCAGCAUUUUUAUCCUUACCAUAAUGAGCACGGAGAGAUACCUCGCUGUGACCAACCCUCUGGACACCUUUGCUGGGUCAAGGCGCUACAGACGCACCGUCACCUGUGCGGUUUGGCUCAUCUCUUUUCUCCUUACACUCCCAACAAUCAUCAUGAUCGAGCUGAAGAAGAACGUUCAAAUGGAGCGGAAAAGCAUGUGCCAUCCGACCUGGCAGAUCACGGCAUACAAGGUGUACCUGACUGUGCUCUUUAACACUUGCAUUUUGGCUCCUGGGUGCAUCAUUGGUUAUCUGUAUCUCAAAUUAGCAAGAGUGUACUGGGUGUCACAAACUACAGAAUUCUCAUCAAAUGAAAUUAAUAAGUGUUACAAACCGGAGGUAUUCUAUAAGUCUUUGGUAUAA